AUGGAGAUUGACACAGCCAACAGUACUAUAUCGAAUUCUUCUGUUAGAGACAGCCUCCUGAUGGAACGGGAUCAAACAUCACGACGCAAAAAGAAGCUUAAAUUCAUCAUCAUUUUAAUCAUCGUUUUCACUCUCAUUAUCGGAGCCAUAAUCUCUGUUUUCACGAUAAUGAAACAGGACUUGGAGUCGAAAUCACCAGCCAAGAACCCAACCAUGGUAAUCAGAUCCAUCUGCUCGUUGACUCAGUACCCUACUACAUGCUCCAAGUCCUUAUCUCCUCUCUAUAAAAACAACCCAUCUGCCGAAAUCAACGCAUCUCGAAUUUUCUCUCUCUCGUUCCACACAGCCAUAGAUGAACUCAGCAAACUUUCCACGCGUUUAUCAGAGUCAAACGAUAGGUCCCUCAAACACUGCGAAUAUAUGUUCAAUAACUCACUUCAUCAAUUGAACAACUCUUUAGCGACUUCUGAUAUUGAUUUAGGUAAUGAACAAAGCUUCGUUGUAUCGAAAAGCUUGAGAGAAUUGAUGGGGUGGUUAUACAGAGAAACGCCAAAACUUGAAGUUUGUCUGAAUAGGUUGAGGUUCGAGUAUACACUAAGCAGUAGAAGAGUGAGCAAUAGUUUAAUGAUUCUGAGCAAUAGGGAGAGUGUUUCUGAGAUGUUUUAUCCAAUAAUUGGAAGUGAUCAAAGUAUGGUGGCUUCUUUUCUGUCUAAUGUACAAUUUGUGGAUACCCUCUGUAUCUUUGGGUACGGUUGA